AUGGGCCGGACCGACCUCAUAGUGCACAGUAUCGAGAAGGCCCCGGGCGUGACGUUAACCUGCUUGACUCUGACUAGAAGUAGUAGUACAACUAGUCGUGUGUUAGUAGUACUUGAAGUUGACGUCUUCUGCGUUCUUCUCCUCCUGCAGCUGGACGGAGGAGUCGUCAGUCUGAGCAUGGAGGAGAUCAAGAGAGUUUACCCCAACGUCAAGUCCCUGGUGGGCAACUCUGUGUAUGUGAAGGCCUCCGUGCUCACCAAGUCAGGCGGCGACCUGGUUGAAGCUCAGAAGACGGGCAUCAAGAUCGUGGAGUCUCCGUAUGUCCUUUCCUUCAAAGACGUACCCAAGUUCUUCAAGCCGGGCCUGCCCUUUGACCUCACAAUCGAGGUGAACCACCACGACGGCUCCGCGGCCCGGAACGUUCUGGUCCACUUUGGGCUGCUGAAGGAGCCCAUACUCGUCUUCGGCAGCAACAGAGUCGCCGUGGACAUGCCCGCUGGUGGAGGCCCUCAAACCAUCACGGCUGAGACCGUGCAGGCUGACCUGAGACCAGAGCAGCAGGCCAAGCACCAGGUCACCGUCCGGCCGUACGCCGCCUUCGACCCGCGCCAACAGAACUACCUGCACAUCUCCACGCCGACCAACGCCGCGUCUCUGGGAGACCGACUCCCGCUGAAGCUGACCGUCGCGCCGGCCAACCCGACGCACCGAGCGCUCGUCACGCAGGUCACCUACCUGGUGCUGAGUAAAGGCAAAAUCCUCGUCGGCGAGCGCGCGGAUGUGACGGGUCAGCAGGUCACCAGCGUCGGGCUGACGGUCACCCCGGAGAUGAUGCCGUCGUUCCGUUUCGUGGCGUUCUACGUCAUUCCCUGGGAGGGGCGGGAAGAGGUGGUGUCGGACUCCAUCUGGGUGGAUGUGGCCGAUUCCUGCGUUGGAGGGCUUAAAGUCGGGCCGGCGGACGGCGUUCAUCGAGACUACGCGCCCGGGAAGAACUUUAAAUUUCAGGUCCGCGGCGAUCCGGGGUCAAAGGUCAACCUGGUGGCUGUGGACAACGCUGUGUAUCUGCUCAACCGGGACCGACUUACACAGAGGAAGAUUUGGGGCGCGGUGGAGCUCGGCGACAUGGGCUGCACCCGAGGGGGCGGCAGAGACGCCACAUCCGUGUUCUCGGACGCCGGACUGCUCUACGCCUCCAGCGCCGGGGUCAGAACCCAAACCAGACAAGUCCUGCAGUGUCCACGCAGCGCCAGAAGGAGGCGCUCUGCCGAACUGUUGCGGCGUAAAGCCCAGCUGGAGGACCAUUACAGGGAGCAGCUGCAGCGGCGCUGCUGCCGGGACGGCCUGAGGGAGAUCCCCAUGCGCUACUCCUGCACCAGGCGCUCCCUCUACAUCACCGAGGGCUGGGAGUGCAUGAGGGCCUUCCGCUACUGCUGCGCCGCCUUCAGGGACCAGGAGUUUAACACCGAGAUUCCCACCACGGUGCCCCCCUGGACCACAGCGCCCCCCACCACCACCACCACCACCACCACCAGCAGGCCCAGACCCACUUAUGUAGCCCGUCCUUUUGGGAGAAUGGAUGUGUCUGUGCGCAGAGGCUUUGUCCACCUAGAACGAGAGCGUGUUAUGGAGCGAGCUCACUCCCCGGUCCUGGCUGCACGACCUGAAGCUGAACUGCAGUUGACCCAUUCAAACGCAAACAAAAUGGCAGAAAAAGAGGCGGAAGAUGAGGAGGAGGAGGAGGAGGAGGAAGAGUAUCUGGACGAGACUCAAGUGUAUCUGCGAUACAAGUUCUACGAGUCUUGGCUGUGGACGGACGUUCACCUGCCCGACCGAGCCGAGGCAGACGGGUUGGCGUGGAAGGACCUGGAGCUCCCUUUACCGGACAGCAUCACCGAGUGGGGGCUUCUGGCCGUCAGUGCAUCACCUCACACAGGCUUCUGUGUUGCGGAGCCGUACAACGUGAAAGCGUGGAAGCGUUUCUUCGUGGACCUGAAGCUGCCGCAUUCAGUGGCGAGGAACGAACAGGUGGAGAUUAAAGCGGUGGUGCACAACUACGGCUACGACGACGUGCAUGUCCGGGUGGUGCUGAUGAAGACAGAAGGUAUUUGCAGCAUCGCCUUCAAGGACAAACACACGCAGGAAGUGACGCUGCCGGCCGGCUCUUCCAUCGCGGUGCCGUACACCAUCGUGCCGCUGGAGGUGGGGAAGCUUCCUCUGGAGGUGGCGGUGGUGGCCAGAGACAUGAGGGGGUCGGACCGGAUGCGGAAGCUCCUCCGGGUGGUGCUGGAUGGAGUGCAGAAGACUGAAGUUUGGACCACCGUGUUGAACCCGUCUGCUGAGGGAGGGACGCAAACUGUUCGUGUGGGGAAGAUGGACCUGGAGUCCGUUGUGCCGAACUCUGUGCCGGAGACAAUAAUCAGUGUCAGAGGCAGCGUGUUGGCAGACAGCAUCGAUAACUCCAUCAGCGAGGACUCCCUGGCCUCUCUGAUCCGGAUGCCCGGCGGCUGUGUGGAGCAGAACUUGGCGAGCAUCACGCUGCCGCUCAUCGCCUCCCUCUACCUGGAGCGGACCAACAACUGGGAGAGUGUGGGGGUGGAUCGCAAGGCCGAGGCUCUCCGCUACAUCAGGAAAGGUGUAACUGAGGGAAAUAAAGUAACAUGAAGGGCUA